UAAGCAAACCUCUGCUCGGUACACAUACUUUAUUUAAUCGCGCGCGGUUCUACUCGAGUUAUACCGCGAGACAUCACGGACGGCUUCGCAGUUCGACUCGCACCGCGAGUGCGCGUAUGUGUAUAAUACGUUUAGAUGUUUCUCACGAAAAACUCCACGAUGCUACACAAUCUUCUACGCGUGGGUGUACUGCUGACACUUUCGAAGCCGUCGCUUCGGACUUCCGCUGCGAACUCCCCGAGCUACAUCGGCGCCGUGGUCGAGUACCAUCCGGUCACCGACGGAGAUGACGGCCAAACGAUAGCCGAGGCGAACGCCAAUAAUUACCGAACGAUCAUUAAAAGCGCCUCGGCCUACCACGCCGAUAUCAUCGUCUUCCCCGAAUUCGGCCUGACGAGCCUCCCGAAAGACGGCGAUGCAGAAAGGCAGUUCAACGCGUCGGCCUAUCGAGCUUACUACCGCGAGGUAGCUUCUCGAAUUCCAGGGCCCAACGAGACCGUGGUGCUUUGCGACACCGACAGCAAGUACGCGAAGUCGCUCCAGAGCAUCUCCUGCGCGGCUCGCGAGUACCGCAUGUACGUAGCGGUGAACCACCACGAGCGAGUCGACUGCGACCCGAAGAAACCAAAUUGCGCUCCCGACGGUUUUUUGCUCUACAACACCAACGUGGUCUUCGACAGAAGCGGCCGAGUCGCAGCCCGUUACCGCCAGUACAACAGCCUCGUCGACGACGGAGUCAACACCACCAGUCAACCGGAACAGUCGAUCUUCAAGACCGACUUUGGAGUGACCUUCGGCCAGUUCGUCUGCGUCGAUUUGCUGUUUCAGAAACCGGCGACUUUCUUCGCCAGCAACCCGAACGUCACUGAUGUCAUCUUCUCGACGCACUGGUUCAAUUACCCGCCGUUUUUGGAGUCCACCCAGAUCCAGGCGGCUUGGGCUUACGCUGCCGAUGUGAAUUUUCUCGCUUCGGGUUACAACGAUGUUCUCACUGCCAGUGGAGGCAGUGGAAUCUACGCCGGCAAGAGCGGACCCAUAAAAACCUACCACUCAUCCCAGACCAGCAACGCCCUAUUGGUCGCCGAAAUCCCCAAACUAAACCGUCGCCAGCGAAUCGAGGACAUCCACGCUGGAAAGUCAACCAUCCACAAAUUCAGACAGGCUGAGGUUCCGACGAUCUCGGGAAUCCCACCGAAAGCUAAUCUUACCACUGAAUUCAGGGACAAUUUGAGGCCCUACACCAGCGCGUUGAUACAGACCGGCGAAGCUUCGUCGCACAUCACGACGCUUUGCGAUCGUGGGCUGUGCUGCGAUUUCCACGUGGAGACGAGCUACGAUAAGGAAGUCGCGGCUAAGCCUGGAGCCAAGCAGUAUAGAUACCGCGUGGUAGUCUUCAACGGGGUAACCAACUACGUAACGUACUCCGGCAACCAGUCAACCGCCGGCGUCGAGGUCUGCGCUUUAGUCUCCUGUGCAGGCGACUCCCUCGAGGACUGCGGUAAACGUUACCCCGAAGGCACCGACGUCGUCUCCCCCACGACCCUCGAGUCUCUCAUAAUCACUCGACGAGCGAAUCGCAAUGCUCCAACCUUCUACAUGCCAACGACGAUGGAAAGAACGAAUCGAGAGCCUCUGAGCAGCUCUGACUUUGCCUACUUGGCCAGCGGGCAGCGUAACUCGAGUCUGCUGCUCAUGUACCUCGUCAGGCCGAGGAGUGAUUUGGAGACUUUUGGAAUUUAUGGACGAAGGUUCGACAAGGAUGGACUACCAGCUACGAAGGCUAACGGAGUCGGGACGGUCGAGUCGACGUCGGCGGUGCUGUUUUGCACGAUGGUGGUGAUUUUGGGAUCGUGGAUCUGCCAGUGAUGUGAAUGUUCGUUUAUGAGUCUAUUUUGUGAUUUUCCUCUGUUUAAAAGUAAACGAGUUGAAGCUGCGAAUUUUACUGAUUUGUACAUUUCUUUAAUGAAUAUAGCUCCUCGAUUUUAUUCUUUUUUAAUUUGAAUGAAAUGUUUAAUAUUCUUAAUCAACGUGUGAUAAAUUCAAUUCAAUUUUGAAAUUAUUCUUCUCAAGAUUCAAAUGAAUCUCUGUUGUUUACUUGUCUUACAAAUUAUAAUAAAACAUUUGUAAGUAAAA